UGAGGCAUUUAUGACGUCCGACAUCGCGGAUCUCCUCCAAAGCGACGUCGCAGUAAAGGUGCCAGAAACAACGCUCAUAUGCGUCAGCCCUCUCAAAGUAGUAGAACAGCGCGACAAAUUUCGCCUCAUCCUCGAUCUGCUCAAGGUCAACCAGGAGCUGCAAAUUCCCAAAUUCAAGUACGAGGGACUCAAUCGCGUCGCCGAGUUGGCGCGUGCCGGCGAUUGGAUGUUUUCAAUCGACCUGAAGUCUGGCUAUCACCACGUCGACAUUCACCCGUCGUGUUGGAAGUUCCUGGGUUUCCAAUUUGGUGGGCACUCAUACUGCUUCCGCUCCCUUCCGUUCGGACUGGCUACAGCACCAUUCAUCUUCACGCAGUUGAUCAAGCAGCUUGCGCGCCGCUGGAGAACAACAGAAGUGCGUGUCAUACCGUAUGUGGACAAUAUCCUCUUCCUUUGUCAUUCGGAAGCCGACGCCCAAGAAACUUGCAACCACAUUAUAGGCGAUCUUCGCAAUGCGGGCCUUCGCAACACCAAGAAAUCCCACCUUCAACCAACCCAGUGCUUGCGUUUCCUGGGCUUGGAACUCAAUACCGAA